AUGCCUUUCCGAAGCAACAGGAUGCGUCUUUUAUUGCUCUUCGUUAGCCUUCUGGGGCUCAGUCAACUGGGCAUUGCCAACAAUCCCAGUGGAAGCUGCUCGUCCACCGAAGACUGUACUUCGGGAUGUUGUAGCACCAGUGGGUUCUGUGGAUUCGGACCUACCUUCUGUGGCGAGGGGAACUGUACCAGUUCCUGCGAUGCAAAGGCGGAAUGUGGUCCGUACGCCGAUACCAAUGGCUAUGAUUGUCCCUUGCAGGUGUGCUGCUCGCAGUAUGGCUUCUGCGGAACAACAGAUGAGUUCUGUGGAGCAGGGUCUUGCUCCGGCUCCAGUAGCGAUACGCGAAUAAUUGGAUACUACUCAAGCUCGGCUUACACGCGCACGUGCAACUCCUGGAGCCCGGAGAACAUCGACCCGGGACUUUGGACACAUCUUAUCUAUGCAUUUGCGCUCAUUGGCUCCGACUAUCAAAUUGCGCAGGGGAAUUCGUUCGACACCGAACUAUAUCCCAGAUUCACCGGGCUUAAGCAGUCCCGUGCGGGUCUGAGCACCCUGAUCUCGGUGGGGGGUUGGGAUGCCGGCGGAACGAUAUUUUCGGAUAUGGUCAGCACCUCGGUGACAAGAUCAACCUUUAUUGAUUCGGUUAUUUCUUUCAUGGCGAGCUACGGCUUUGAUGGGAUUGAUCUAGACUGGGAAUAUCCAGCCGCAUCGGAUAGAGGUGGUCUUGCCGCUGACACAGAAAAUUAUGUCGCUCUUGUCAAAGAGCUGAAGGCAGCUUGCGGGAAUAGAUAUACGGUUACGGUCACCUUGCCCUCCUCAUAUUGGUAUCUUCAAGGUUUUGACGUGUCGGGAAUGGAACCCUAUGUUGACUGGUUUCACUUGAUAUCCAUGGCACAGAUAAAGGAUGGGCUCGAUCUACUCUGGCGCAAUAAAAUCGAUCCUCAGAAGGUAGUGCUCGGAGAAGCAUUCUACGGCCGGUCUUUCACCCUGUCUGAUACAACCUGCACCGCCCCUGGAUGUCCAUUCAGUAGUGGUGGUGAUCCUGGGGAAUGCACAGCCACAUCCGGCAUUCUAUCAGAUGCGGAGAUUCAGGGGGUGAUUUCCGAGCAUGGCCUCACGCCAACCUUUAAUGAAGCAGCCGGGAUCAAGUACAUUGUCUGGAAUGAAAACCAAUGGGUAUCAUAUGACGAUUCGGAGACGCUUGACCUUAAGAGGACAUUUGCGAACGAGAAAUGCCUAGGCGGACGCAUGGUCUGGUCAGUCGACAUGGACGACACAAGCAAGCAUCAGUGA